AACCAGCCCUGUGCGCGUGCGAAUGUUGCGCAUCGCGGCACAGCAUUGCAAGGCGGGAGAAGCAGAGAAAGCAGUGUCUACCCGAAUCGAGCGUCAUCAUGCAUUGUACAACAUGCCAUCAGUUGGCGAGAGACCGCGUUCACCGUGGCGGGGGUGGGGGAGGGGGAAGAGUGAUUGUGACAUCGAUCGAAUGCGCGAAAACGAAGAAUCGUAACACCAGUCAAAUUUUAUACCAAUAUUGCACUACUGGUUUACCUGACGAGAGCACGAUUACUCUCGAUAAACCGUGCUCUCCUUCUGAAACGAGCACAACAGUGGCAACAACAGCAGCAGCGCCGUCGAGCGAACAAGAAGAGCAGCAAUUGCAGCAGCAACCACUCUAUCAGUACCAUACGCAAUACCAACAGCAACGCGCAGCCGGAAAUAUCGCAGCCGCUGCAUCGCACGUUGCUGAGGACAGUGGAGCCUCCUAUGAGAUGCGGAGGACACCACCACAAAAUAAAGUUGAUAGAUCGGGAACUGGGCAGUCUGGAAGCUCGCCGAAGGUGACGCUUCGACUUAACCAGGUGCGAGGAGCAAGGGAUGAAAAGAAAGGGGCAUCAAAUUCCCGUCAGGGCAGCAUGAGCACACAGAGUCAAGGCUCCAUGGAGACUUCGUCGAAAACACCAGCCAAUACGUCGUCGGUAAGCACAAAUGCAGCUUCGGGUACCAGCACAUCCGGCAAUGCAUCGUCUACCGAUAGCGGUGACAUAUACGAAUUUAAGAGCUCGAAAGAGCCGACCCCGGUGAGAGGCGCGAGCUCAUCUCCGAAUCCUAAUCCGGACAAGGAUAAGGAUAGUGGUAAAUCCUUGAACGGCCAAAAUAAUCAUGGCGGUGAUAAUAAUGCCAGUGGUUCAUCAAUAUCUAUCAAUGAAGCAAUAACGACACCACUGACCUCCGACGAAGUAUCGACCGCUUCGAUGUCGCCAACAGCGAAGCGUAACUUCGAGGGUGACAACGCGGAGGAGCAAGAUGAGGAAGUUCGUCGGAAGAAACGAAAAGAUUCCGAGAACACGAAGGAGACCGCGAAGACUAGCACAUUGGGAAGGCAGAAUAUCAAUAGGAAUGCUGUUGGUGGUGGAGAAAAGUGUGUUAAAUCAACUAAACAAGGAUCUGGGGUCACAUCCAGUAAAGGAAGUCAAAGUACGAGUUCCAUCAACGCAGAUAGAAAGAGUCCUAGUACUUCCUCGAUGGCCAGUAGCCCAAAACCUUCGAAUACUUCUAGUUCGACAAGCGCUAAAACUAGUAUUCCAGCUCUUGAAUCCGAUGGCGAAGAGGAUCGAUCAAAGUGCUCUGAUUCUAAUAUUGCUCCUAAAGUACCGCCUCUGAAGAUAGUUAUCCCACAAAGUACAGCAUCAGAACAAGAGCAAGGCAAUAGAAACGGUAAAAAUAUUGCGAAUAGAAGUCAUCAAUUACCCUACGUAGUUGCUAGUUCGAACAGCAACGAUUCAACUGAGAAAGAGCAAAAUCAGUCGGCCAGUGGUACAACUAGUCCUACGGAAAAUACUACUAAUACAAAAGGAGACGAUAAAAAGGACUUUGCUUCAGCUUUACAUGGAGAAGAAAGAUCAACGCAUCAUCAAAGAGUAUUGAGAAGUUCACACAGAACCGGUAAUGGUAAUAACGGUUCCACAUCAAAAGAAACCACUCCUUCGUCAGGAAAUGGAAAUUAUUCCAAUUCGUCGCCAUUACCAAUUAAUACUUCCAUGGAUCGUUCGAAUAAUUCUUCGCCACAACAAAGACAUCACUCGCCAACGCCUGAAAUAAUUGGAUCCGAUGUUAAUAAGGCUACUUCGUCAGAAUCGACAAAUACAGGGACCAUCCCAAAGUCUAACGCAACCGUGGAAAAAUCGGAUAAAAAUGUAGAUAUCUCAGGAAAAAAUCAAAAGGAUAAUAGUACAGAAAAUUUAGAGAACAUACCGGUUAAUACCUCCUCUAUGUCUAAUAUCGGUACACCGGCGCCGCCUGUAGAACUUCAUCCUAGGAAAAGAAAAAUGAGACCUAACAAAGAAGCACAACAAGCUACGGCUACAGUCGCUGCCAGCGAAGCGACUGAAGCUAUUAAUACGGGACCAGAAAUUCAUCCGCACGAUCAACCGAUCACUAAUUGUUAUCAAUUAUUUCUUAAUAUUAGAAAGCAGAUUGAAAGAAGACGAAAAAGCUUAUUUCCCGUUCAACCAAAACCUCCUCAAGGUUUUAAAGAUUACUUAAUGAAUCGCUGUACAUACGUAUUAGCUAGUAAUGCGAAAGAGCCAAAUGUUAACCCACCAGCCGGUUUGCAUGGAUCUAUGAAGGAUUUGUACAGUGAACAAGAAAAGGAGCGAUACCGUCUCAGAAUGCAGCAUGUGGUUGAAAAAGAGAAAUUAGUUCUGUCGGUGGAACAGGAAAUUCUUAGAGUUCAUGGUAGAGCUGCUAGAGCACUCGCUAAUCAGUCUCUUCCCUUUUCUGUUUGCACGAUUCUCAAAGACGAAGAGGUUUAUAACGUCAUUACUCCUGAACAAGAAGAGAAAGAUAGAAAUGCAAGGAGUAGAUACAACGGUAGAUUGUUCUUAAGUUGGCUUCAAGACGUCGAUGACAAAUGGGAGAAGAUUAAGGAAGGUAUGCUGUUGAGACAUCACAAUGAAGCAGAAUCAUUGCACGCUGUUCAGCAAAUGAAUUGGGAAUGGAAAUUGAAAGAAGUGGGUCUUUGUGAAUCCAAAAUAAUUCCUCAGAUAGAAGAUGUUCAUGUUCCAAUGGUACAUGUAUCAGACGACUUCGAUUUGUUACCAGCUUAGUGUACAAUAUCCGUACAACUUGAGCUAGUAUACUCUUUCAUGUCUUUGAAUCAAUUUCGAAGAUAAUGGUUUUAAUCUGUGAUCUUUAUAUCAAUGUUUCUGUCAUCACACACGUCAUUACAAUAUUAUAUUAUAAACCAAUUUCAUAGUAACAGAACAAUCAACUGUGAACACAUUGAAAGCUUUCCAUAAGAAAUACACAAACACAAUUGAUUACAAGAUUGGUUAUCAUAUUCGAUAGCUAAUUACAUCACAUUGUGUCUACCUCUGUGAUUUCUUGCUGGAAAAUUUGUUCUCAUCAUAAUGUGUAUAUAUUGCUGCAAAAUUCUAAUUGAAACAAAUUUCUCCUAAAAAUGGACAAAUUAUUAGAUUAAUGCAUUAUUAAUUCUAAACGAAAAAGGACUUUAAAAUUGGAAUGAUUAAAGUUUUAAUAAGUAGACCCCAAAUAGUUUUAUAUAUAUGCAUUUCAGUGCCGUAACUAAUUUGCGUUAUAUCCGGUGUUUAAUAUUUUUGUAUCUCUGUCUAUCCGUAAUAUUUUUUAUUUCAAAAAAAUUCGAAAUUUUGAAUUUCAAAAAAAUGUUGGUAUGUUAUUUUUGAAAUACUUCCUUAUAUCUUUCUUACAAAUUUUUGAAAAACAUUCAAAAAUUUUUUUCAUGUUUUAUUUUAUUGUUUUGACUCCAUCCUUUUGAGGAACUCACACCCAUUAUUCUAGUUAUGCCACUGAUGCAGUUACUUAACUUUUGACAAUAUCAAUCAGGUUAGAUUUGUUAUGUCAAAAGUUAGAAAACUUUUUUAUUUUAUAUUGUUGAGAUAAUCGAAAUGAAAUAAAUCACAUCGACUCGCAUCUGUAUGAAAAAAUAUUCAUGUGCCUUGAAUUUUUCAUAGAAUUAGGAGUAGUCGAAAUAUUGACAAAGUAGUGGUCAUAUCUAUCUUUGACGAUACGGCUUUGCUACAUGCACCUUUUAAAAAGUCGGUAAUGAAAAAUACUUUAUGAAGACUGAAAAUCUGAGCGACUAUACACAUAAAAAAGCCGUAAAAAAAAUUAUAAACGAACUCAUUAUUCUCAUUUUACGAUAAAAAAAUUGUAUUAUAAUUGUGAUAUUUGUAAUCAGCAUAGUACGCAAAUAUGUAAAUUUUUUUUGAAGAUUAAAAUCGCUAAUUGAUAAACAAUGUAUAGCUAGCCGUAGAUCAAAAUGCGUUUUGACCAGAA